AUGUCAGAAGUUGUUUAUAAAACUAAAACUAUAGAUUUUAAUGGGAAGAGAAAUAUUCUUAUUCAAAAUGAAAAUGGACCAUGUGCUUUACAUUCAUUAGUUAAUUCUAUUUUACUUACAGUGGAUCAUUUAAGCUCUUCUGAAAUCCAUGAUUUAGUUGCUUUGGUGAAUAGUGUUGAAUCAGUUCCAUUAGAUCAAUUAUUAAACUCUUUAAAACAAAUUGUUACCGCAAAUCAACGUUUAUAUGGAAUUUCCCCAGAAGAUAUUCAAUCAACUUUAAGUUUAUUACCAAGAUUACACGAAGGAUUAGAAAUAAAUCCACAAUUUGAUGGUACUUUCAGUCCAGGUCAUGAAUUGAAUUUAUUUAGAAAUUUUAAUAUUCCUUUGGUUCAUGGUUGGUUAGUUGAUCCAAAUGAAUUAGAAUAUGCAGGUGUUUUGAAAUAUAAUUCAUAUGAAGCUGCACAAAAUGUACUUGUUGAAGCUUAUGAAGUUGAACAAAAACCAGUUAAAGAUAAUGUUGAUUUAGAAAUUAUUCAAGAUUCAAGACAAAUUAAAUCAUUUUUCGCAAGAAGUGCUACACAAUUAACAGAUUAUGGAUUAAAUUAUUUAAAACAAAACUUAACUCCAGGUUCAAUUGCUGUAUUAUUUAGAAAUAAUCAUUAUGCUACAAUUAUCAAAAAUGAUAAUGAUAUUUUUUCAUUAGUUACAGAUAUUGGAUUUAGUUCAAGAAAAUCAUAUAUUUGGGAAUCAUUAUUAUCAAUAAAUGGAUCAAAUAAUUCAUUUUUCACAGGUUCAUUUUCUCCAAUUUUAGAAGAUUCAACAAAUCCAUUUGAUGAUCAACAAGAUCAUACAGAUUUGAAUUCUCAAGAAGAACAAGAUCGUGCUUUAGCAAGAACUAUUCAAGAAGAAGAAGAUAAUAAAGCUGCAAAAAGAUUACAACAAGUUCAAGAAAAACGUGAAAAGAAAAAUGCAGCUAAGAAUAAUGGUUCUUUAAGUGGUGGUAAAAAAUCACCAAAGAUUAAAGAUGGGAAGAAAAAGAGUAAGUGUAUUGUUAUGUGA